AAACAGCUGUUGCCUUUAGAAUGGGGGGUGGAGGUACUUAAGUUACUGCCUGCUCUUUGCCAUGGAUCUCACAGCUUCUUCUUCAGUACCUCUUCUUCCCUGGGAUGGGAUCCUGUCAAUCUGCCUUCCUUAGGGGAGGGCAGUCAACCGGUCAGUCCUCUUUUUUUUGUGUGUGACUUCCUUGUGGGAAUUUGGGUUUCCCAGGAAGACCCACAGCACACUAGCCUGGACCAUUCUUCUUUAUCCUGGAGCUUCCUAGAGUGUGAAGCAAGUUUUGUCAGGUGACCUAUGGAUGACCAAAGCCCCACUGGCUCCCCAUCAGGAGAGGGGUCAGAAGAAACAGGAGACGUCCCUCAUGACUUCCAGGCAGGGAGUUGGGAGGAAUCCCCGCCAAGGAGACCAAGCAAACAGGCUGGACAGGAACACAAUGAGGGACAGGAUCAGACCCAGGAAGCCCAAAGGGAGGAGUUCCGGGAGGGAAUGGAAAAAACCCACACAAGGGAGAAGCCAUAUAAGUGUUCACACUGUGGGAAACGCUUCAGGUGCAAAAUUAGUCUUACUAGACAUCAAAGAAUCCAAAGAGGGGAGAAACCAUAUACAUGCUUACAGUGUGGAAAAUGCCUCAAAUGGGAAAUUGAUCUCACUAGACAUCAAAGAAUCCUCACAGGAGAAAAACCAAAUGCAUGCUUGCAGUGUGGGAAAUGCUUCAUGUGGAAAACAGAUCUUACUCGACAUCAAAGAACCCACACAGGGGAGAAACCAUAUACAUGCUUGCAGUGUGGAAAAAGCUUUGCUCAGAAACCUAAUCUUACAAGACAUCAAAGAACCCACAAAGCGAAGAAACCAUAGACAUGAAGAAACCAUAGACACAGACCCAACGGUGGAGAGAGUUUCUGUCACUAAUAAACCCAUCAUGGACAUCAAAGAGAGAUAUUAUACAAAUGCUUGCACCGCAGUUAGUGCGUUGGUGAUGAACUGAGCCUUAAUGAACACACAUAGGAGAGGAAACUACAUGCCUAUGUGCAGUGUAGAAACUGCUUUGGUCUUGGCACAGGCUUCAUUUCACAUCAAAUAUUUCACACACGGGCAAACUUUCAGUCUGUUUGUCCCAAUACAAUUUCAAGAUUUAAGAUGGAAUGUACUUUGAGCAACCUGCAUUUCUGAGGUUUGGAAAGUUCAGGAUCUGUAACAGAAUCUUUUUAGUCACGGUUCAAUGAGGAACUCAUUGGUCUUUUAAAGUGUUGUGGUGGUUCAAUAUUUUCAAAUGUUCUGAUUAAAAGGGGGGAGAAAUGUGAUAAGUGAAGCUUUUUCCAUUGAUGGAGAAAUUGCAGCUACCAUCUCCUGAGAGAUCUGGAUUUUCUGGCAUUAAUCAGAUUGUAGUGAAGGCUUUUCUGACAAUUGGCUCAUUCUACAUCUGAUCAUAUCCUCAAUUGUGUAUCCUGGAAAAUGCAACUUCAAUGUGAAUCCACGAAGCAUGAAGAGAAGUUGGAAACACUUUCCCUCUAGAAUUCAGCUGCACUGGCAGAGAAAUGCCUGCUCCUUUUUAGAUGUUUUUCAUAUCAGUAUUUGAAUGAAUUUGUUCUGCUUGCAAAUAAAGUAAGAUGCAUUUUUCUCAGUC